AUGAGCAGUGGGCACAGCGAACGCUUGUCUGGCCCUCUUUCCCCUGGCAUCCUGGACACAUCGUGCCGGCAGCCGAGCAGCGCAGGCACGCCGACGACCACUGCCAGUGCACUUGAGGUACCAGUUGCUGAAGUUCUUGGCCAGGGCGCGGCAGCCGCCCGAUACUGCCAGGCCUGGGCAGGGCACGUCGUCAGCAGGACGGCCUCGCUGCUGGUCCCCGGCGCCGCCCCGGCGGACGGCCACCUGCACUCUUGGCACAGGGUGGACGCGACUGCGCCAGCCGGCGUCGCUGCCGCCGCCCCCUCGCGGCCAGUGAUGUCAGUGCGCGCCAGGGCGCUCAGCCUGCCGCCGGCCCCGGCCUUGGUGUCUCCGCUGCCGUGCGCCCAGGCGCGGGCCACCGCCGCCGUGAGCCCGCGGCCUGCGGCGCGGGCCUGCCCGUGGCCGGCGGGGGCGCUCGACUCGCGCGGGGGCGGCAGCGCCGGGUCGCUGUACGGGUCCAGCGGAAGCCUCGCGCCCGCCGGCAGGACGGCGUUGUGCUGCUCCACGCGACACCGACGGUGGCGACGGCGGUGUCGUCUGGAGGGGGGCCCCGUCGCGGGCGGCCGCCGCCGCCCCGAGCUCGCCGCCGCCCGCCGGCGGGGCCGCUGCGGCGGGCGCGUCGCCGCAGGCGAGGCGGCCCGGCGCUCCCAUGGCCUCCCCGCUGUGGGCCGGGCAGAUC